CUCCCUCCCGUUUAGAAUGCCUGUGCAGAGAAAAUUCCAAAUCGAGGUCCGGGGAUAAAGAGAGGGAAAUAAUUCAUUUAAUAGCAAUUCGCUUUUCUCUUCGCCAUGGACGCUCAUCACGCUUCUCUAGGUCGACGAACGCUGGAAGAGAUUAGACAAAAGAGAGCAGCUGAGAGAUUGAACAAAACAUCUUCUGGACCAGAUUUCGCCAAAGCUCCAAUCCCUAAUGAUAAUAUAGGAAUGAAAAAAUCAGAAAGCAUAAAUCGACUCUCUGAGGCCGAUGUUAGUGGAUUAGUAUCACAGCUAAAAGAUCUGAAGAAAAAGAAUGCAGAUUUGGAGGAAAGCAACAAGAUGUUAUCCUUGAGGAUUCAUGCAAAAGAUGUUGAGAAUGAGUCACUGCAGGAACGCUUAAAUGAUCUGGAACAAAAUACUGUACCAUCUUUAAGAAAAGCACUGAAGGGUGUUACCAUGGAGAAAGAUGCAGCAGUUGUUGCACGGGAGGACCUUUCAGCCCAGCUUCGCACCUUUAAGAAACGUGUAAAGGAAGCUGAGGAAGAACAAUACAGAGCUGAGGAAGCCGCAGCAGCUUUGAGAGCAGAAUUAAACUCGAUACAGCAACAGGCAAUGAAUAGUAAUAUACUUGGUGGAAUAGCUUCUGUUGGUAUUUCACCAGAUCAAGUACAAAGCUUGGAAAAGGAGUUGGCUAGUUUAAAGUCUAAUUUGCAGCAAGAAUCAUUAUUGAGGCAACAAGAGCAACAACAAUUAGCACAGGAGCAAGCCCGAGUUUCUACCCUUGCAUCUGAAAAAAAGGAAUUGGAAGAGAAACUUGCUGCUAUAUCCAGAAGAGCCCCUGAAGCAUCAGAAAAAGUUGCUCAUAAGGCAUUUUCAGCGGAAGAAAAGGUGAAACUUGAGAAGCAGUUGCAUGAUAUGGCCGUAGCAGUUGAGAGAUUGGAGAGUAGUAGACAGAAACUUCUAAAGGAGGUUGAUUCCCAAUCUACAGAGAUAGAGAAGCUAUUUGAGGAAAAUUCUAAUCUCUCUUCUUCUUAUCAAGAGGCAACAAGCAUAGCAAAGCAGUGGGAGAAUCAGUUUAAGGGCUGUCUUAAGCAAAAUGAAGAGCUUCGUGGAGUUCUUGUUAAGACAAGAAUGGAGCAGGCUAAUAUGAUUUCUUCAGGUGAUAGGGAGAUCCUGAGAAGCUCCAUAGAAGGCCAUAGCAAUAGGAUAGACGAUACUGGUUCACAGACAUAUACAAUUGAAGUUAUUUCCCUCAAGGGCGAGCUUGCAAAAGAACAGAGCAGAUCAGAAGCAUUGUCAUCUGAGGUCCUGCAGCUAUCAGCAAAACUCCAAGAAACUACACAAGCAUGUAAUGGUCUUGCACGCCUCUACAAACCAAUGCUGAGGAACAUUGAGAGCGGACUCAUUAAAAUGAAGCAAGAUGGUUCUGUGACUGUACUGUGAAAACAUAGCAAUUUGGCUGCAAUAUUGGUCUCUCACUCUCAUUAGUUUGUCGAAAUACUUGUUUUGUUGCACUUUGAGGCAUUGCUUGCUAGAAACAAUUUAGUGGCAUUUUUUUAGUUUCCGUAAUGUCAUACAAGGGUUCAGCCAGCCAGUUAAAACAAAAUGUUGAACUUUACAGAAUUCAAUUAUUAAUAUAAAGUGGUUGCAUAC